AUGAAGUCACGAACCAAUGUCACAUCCAGUCUACGACAAGCUUCGGCCGCCCUCACCCGUGCCGCCGGCAACCCCGCGACACCCCUCUGCCACAAUGCGGCGGCACCGGGUAUGCGACCCUUGACGGCGGCGGCGCAAUCUCACCGGCGUCACCUUCACGUCCAACCCCCCCGCCGCAGCGGCGCCCCCUCUAACCCCGCCAUGUCCUUCCCCUGCGUCGACGCCCUCGAGUCCCGCUCCGCAACCCUCCGGCAACAGGCCGCCGCUGCCUCCGCCUCCCAAACCCGUACCGACUCUACCUCCUCCGGUCCCGAGCCCUCCUACACCGUCGGCGCAACCCAAAUAUUCCACUCCAACAACCCCUUACUCCUCGACCACGGCGGCCGGCUCGUCGAAUUCGACAUUGCCUAUGAGACCUGGGGGGAGAUGAACGCCGACCGAACAAACGUCAUCCUCCUCCACACGGGCCUAUCUGCCUCCUCCCACGCCCAUUCCACCGCCGCCAACCCCCAGCCCGGGUGGUGGGAGAAGUUUAUCGGUCCCGGACUGGCCCUGGACACCAACAAAUACUUUGUCAUCUGCACGAACGUCAUAGGGGGGUGUUAUGGCUCUACCGGACCAAGCAGCAUCGACCCCUCAGACGGCAAACGCUACGCGACCCGCUUCCCGCUGCUGACGAUAACGGACAUGGUGCGCGCGCAGUUCCGUCUGCUGGAUCACCUAGGGGUGGAAAAGCUCCAUGCCAGUGUCGGGUCCAGCAUGGGGGGUAUGCAAUCCCUCGCCGCCGCUGUCGCGUUCCCGGAGAGAGUCGGCAGGAUAGUGAGCAUCUCUGCCUGCGCGAGGUCGCACCCGUAUAGCAUCGCGAUGCGGUACGUCCAGCGCAAGGCGAUCCUCAACGACCCCAACUGGAACAGGGGGUACUACUACGGCCAAAUCCCCCCCCACGUCGGGAUGAAGCUCGCGAGGGAGAUCGCCACCAUCACGUACCGGUCCGGCCCGGAAUGGGAGCAGAGGUUUGGGAGGAGGAGGGCGGACAAGGACAAACCGCCUGCGCUGUGCCCGGACUUUUUGGUGGAGACGUAUCUGGAUCAUGCGGGGGAGAAGUUUUGCCUUACGUAUGAUCCGAACAGUCUGAUUUAUGUGAGCAAGGCGAUGGAUUUGUUUGAUUUGGGGAGGGAGAACCAGGUUGCGAUUCGGGCCAAGAGGGCAGAGAGGGAGAAGGCGUUGAGGGAGGGGGGUGGGCAGGGGGGUUAUCAGCAAGACGUGUGCAGUUUGACGUUACCGGAUACGCCUUAUGAGGAGCAGUCAGAGCACCACGAGGAGUUUGAGAGGGAUGGGCUUGGGUUUGGGGGGAGCUCGGUCGGUAGUGGGGGAAGCAAUUACUCGGGGCCGGGGCAGAAGCCGCCGGCGGAUUUGGUGGCUGGGUUGUCGGUGCUGUGGGAUCACCCGGUGCUGGUGAUGGGGGUGGCGAGCGAUAUUUUGUUCCCGGCGUGGCAGCAGAGGGAGAUUGCGGAGGCGUUGAGGAUGACGGGGAACAGGAACGUGGCGCAUUAUGAGCUGAGCGAGGAGCAGAGUCUGUUUGGACAUGAUACUUUUCUGCUGGAUGUGAAGAAUGUGGGCGGGAUGGUGAGGAAUUUCUUGGGGUGA